AACAAAAAUUAAUAAAAACACCUUCUUUUUCAAUUCCAUGUUUCCCUAUAAACCAGGAAACCAUCUCAUAAAUCAUAAGUAAUUUUUCCUUCAAACUUCAAGUUUUUAAUUUGAUGGGUUCAUGAGUGUGUUCUUGUAAAAAAAAAUUAAAGCUUUUUAAAAGGUUUUAAGUGUUUAAAAUUCACGAGCUUUUGUAAUCUGCAACUCUGUCUGUUAUAUAUCAAAUUUGCUUGAAAAAACUAGAUAAAUUUGUUGGGUUGGUGAGUUUUUCACGAGGUUGGAGUCUUUUUCUUUCACCAAUAUAACCAAUAUCCUGUGGCCCAAGUCUUGCCAACCCAACGAGGGUUCUAAUGUGAUCAGCCAUUCUGUUGAGCUUUUUUCUUUUUUGUGGGGAUAUAUUGUAUGUAUUAGAAAUGGAUCGAGCAGCAGUGACUGUAGGGCCGGGUAUGGAUCUGCCUAUUAUGCAUGACAGUGACAGAUAUGAGCUGGUGAAGGACAUUGGUGCAGGCAAUUUUGGGGUGGCUAGGUUGAUGAGGGAUAAGCAGACUGAUGAGCUUGUUGCUGUUAAGUAUAUCGAGAGAGGUGAGAAGAUAGAUGAAAACGUACAAAGAGAAAUUAUUAACCACAGGUCAUUGAGGCAUCCUAACAUUGUCAGAUUCAAAGAGGUUAUAUUGACACCAACUCACUUGGCUAUCGUGAUGGAGUAUGCAUCUGGCGGGGAACUUUUUGAGCGGAUAUGCAAUGCAGGCCGUUUCAGUGAGGAUGAGGCACGGUUUUUCUUCCAACAACUUAUAUCAGGAGUUAGCUACUGUCAUGCAAUGCAAGUAUGCCAUCGUGAUUUAAAAUUGGAGAAUACAUUACUGGAUGGAAGCCCGGCACCUCGUUUGAAGAUUUGUGACUUUGGUUACUCUAAGUCAUCUGUGCUCCAUUCACAACCAAAAUCUACCGUCGGAACGCCUGCAUAUAUUGCACCUGAAGUGUUACUUAAGAAGGAAUAUGAUGGCAAGAUUGCAGAUGUAUGGUCUUGUGGCGUAACUUUAUACGUAAUGUUGGUUGGAGCAUAUCCUUUUGAAGACCCCGAGGAGCCUAAGAAUUUCCGCAAGACAAUACAUAGAAUUUUGAAUGUGCAGUACUCAAUUCCAGACUAUGUUCAUAUAUCUCCGGAGUGUCGGCAUCUGAUUUCAAGAAUUUUUGUGGCCGACCCUGCCAAGAGGAUAAGCAUUCCGGAGAUUAGAAACCACGAAUGGUUCCUGAAGAAUCUCCCCACAGAUCUGAUGGACGACAAGACGAUAAACAACCAGUUCGACGAGCCUGAUCAGCCAAUGCAGAGCAUCGACGAGAUAAUGCAGAUAAUAUCCGAAGCAACCAUACCAGCAGCUGGAACGCGUAGUCUGAAUCAAUAUUUGACAGGCAGCUUGGACAUCGAUGACGAAAUGGAGGAGGAUCUAGAGACGGACCCUGAACUCGACAUGGAUAGCAGUGGAGAGAUAGUGUAUGCAAUGUGAAAAUUCCUAUGUUAUUUCAUCACCUUCAAUGGAGUGAUUUCUUCUGUAACACGGUUUUGCCACGUUUCUUGUGGUAAUGAUAUGAUACUGUUGUGUACGAUGUGUAACGGUGUAAUGUAAUAAAGUCGGUCUACAUGUUGUGCUUA